AUGGCUGUACUCGAUUUCGUCGCCGGUUGCUUCGGAGGAGCUGCGGGUGUUCUAGCAGGACAUCCACUUGACACAGUCAAGGUUCGCUUACAGACUCAACCACAGGGAAGUGCAGCAAUCUAUCGUGGCACAUGGCAUUGCUUUAGGACAAUCAUUCAUAAGGAAGGGUUUCAAGGAUUGUUCAAAGGAUUGUCAUCACCUUUAGCAUCAUUGGCUGCCAUCAAUGCAAUUGUUUUUGGAGUUCACAGGAGUAUUACAAGGAAAUUCGAAAACCCAGAUAGCUUAAGAGCACACUUCUUUGCUGGAUGUGCUGCAGGAUUAGCUCAAACAGUCAUAGCUGCCCCAUCAGAACGCCUGAAGUUGUUGAUCCAAAUUCAAGCAGACUCAGCACACACUGUUUAUCGUUCCCCCUAUGAUGCUGCUAGGAGCUUGAUUCAACAACACGGACUUCGCACCAUUAACAGAGGCUUCUUCAUGACAUUAAUUAGAGACUCACCUGCUUUCGGAGUAUACUUUGCUUCUUACGAAUGGAUGACAAAACGUAUGAGUAAAGACGGGAAGAUGAGCUCUCUCUCUGCCCCACAGCUUUUAUUUGCUGGAGGAGCAGCCGGAAUGAUUUCUUGGUUAGUAACCUAUCCCACCGAUGUCAUAAAAACGAGAUUCCAAGCUGACACCUCAUAUAAAAGUUAUAUGGACUGCAUAUCGCACACAUACAGAGAUAGAGGUCUCCGUGGUUUCUAUGUUGGACUCGGCUCAACUCUCAUAAGAGCUUUCCCUUCAAACGCCGCCACGUUCUUCACAGUUGAAUGGACAUACCGUCUCAUGUUGGAUUUCAAUGUAGUUGGAGUAAAGACAGAAACAGAACGACAGAUAUUAAGAGAACAUCAUUCGCAUCGUAUAACGGACCUUUGGAACUUAAACCAUAUGCAUUUCCUACCAGAAGCCGGCUCCACAUCAAUAGAUCCAAUGAUUCAUGGAUGUCGGUUUCUAUAG